GUUGGUGUUACUAUAGACCUCAGCAGUUUCAACAUUACCAGGAUUGUGACAUUUACACCAUUUUAUAUGAUUAAAAACAAAAGCAAAUACCGUGUAUCAGUGGCUGAAGAGGGAAGUGAUAAAUGGCUCUCUCUUGAUUUAGAAGAGUGCAUCCCCUUUUGGCCAGAAGAUGCUUCCAGCAAACUUCUUAUUCAAGUUGAAAGGAAUACAGGUCCUCCCAAAAGGAUAUAUCUUAACAAGCAAGAAAAUUGUAUCUUACUGCGUCUGAAUAAUGAGCUUGGAGGUAUUAUAGCAGAAGUUAAUUUGGCUGAGCAUUCUACAGUUGUUACAUUUUCUGAUUAUCAUGAUGGAGCAGCUACAUUCCUAUUAAUAAAUCACACCAGAAAUGACGUGGUUCAGUACAGACAAAG